GUCCUGCCCCAUGUUUUACAUGUGUAUAAAUACAAGAUGUAGAACUAAAAAAGAGCAUUUAAAAGGUUGUGAAAGGUUCAGUAAGAAGACUCAUGUAAAGAGCACAGGUUACAUCUGCUCACACACAUCACAACAGGGCACACAGGACACAGUCUAGCCAUGCUGCCGACAUUUUUGAUUUUGGUUGCCUUUGCCACAUUCCCUCCUCCAACCAGUCAGCAAUGUGUCAAGGCCAAUGAGUCUCAGUGUGCCAGUGUGGAGUUCACUCCAGGAUCUGACCUAGCAGGAGAAGGCUUUGACAUCACCACCAUGCAAAAGAAAGGAGCCUUCGUCAUCGACAUGAGCUCCUGGCUCCAGGCGGACAAGACCUGCACUCUGUGUAAAAACCCCUACAUGGGAGGUCAAAAGCAGAAAAUCCCAGUUUCUGUGGUGGACUGGAGACCGAGGCAGAAGUGCAACAUGAAGUUGUCCAGCUCCGUCUACCAGUCCAGCGAGGCCCUGGUCAGCUCCAGCACCUCUUCUAUCGAGAAUAACUGGAAGUCAGACUUGCAAAUAACAGCUCCAAAGGUGCAGGGAUCAGUAAUGAUGGCAGGCAGUACCUCCAAGUUGGCUGAUUAUUCAAUGCAGAGAAGCAAAAAAGACAAGUUCAGCUUCACCAGUCAUGCUGUCUCCUGUGGAUACUACAGAUACAGGGUUAAGAGCAGUCCACCCCUGCACCCAGAGCUACUUACGGAAUUCAGAAGUCUCCCUGAAAGCUAUGAAAAGAAUACAAAGCAAAAAUAUUUUGAGUUGAUUGACAAGUUUGGUACUCAUUAUAUCACACAGGUGACUCUGGGUGGAGAGGUUCGCUCUAUAACCAGCAUCAAGGAGUGCCAGGCGUCCCUUCAGGGUCUGAGCGUGGAUGAGGUGAAGAUGUGUCUGGACAUGGAGACGACUGCCCGUAAGGGUCCUGCUGCAGACAUACAGAACGAGGCGCAUCGUUGCACGCAGGCCAAGGACAAAAAUCUGAACAAAAAGAGCUUUUCUAGCAGCUUCAGUGACAGGGAAAGCACUGUGAUUGGUGGCCACACAGAGAAUGUCGACCUGCUCUUCUCCUCCAACACUGACCCAAAUGCCUACAAGCAGUGGAUCUCAUCUCUGCCUGCUCACCCUGAUGUGAUCUCCUACUCGCUCGAGCCUCUUCAUAAGUUACUGCCAGAGAAAAAAACAGUCAAAGAGAAUCUGCGUAAUGCCAUCAAGGACUACAUCCUACAGAGGGCUCUGGUGAAAGACUGCUCAAGCCCAUGCAAGACCGGUGUGAAGACCAACUCUAAGGAACCGUGCAGCUGCAGCUGCCACAACAACCCGGGUGUGGCCCUCAACUGCUGCCCCACUCAGAAAGGAUAUGCUAAGGUUACCAUAACUGUGAUCAAAGCCACUGGUUUACAUGGUGAUUACUGGGGUGAGACCGAUGGAUAUGUCAAGAUUCUCCACCAUGGAAAGACCUCAUCUGUAAAGACCCCUGUGAUCAUGAACCAAAACUCUCCAACAUGGAACUAUGAAUUAAAUUUUGACAAUGAGGACGUGACUCAGUUUAGAAGUGUGACGUUGGAGGUGUGGGAUGAAGAUAGCGGCUGGGAUGACGACCUUCUCGGAUCAUGCACUGUUCCACUGAAAUCUGGAGUGAAUAAAAAUACCUGCUCCCUCAAUCAUGGAAUCCUGUAUUAUAAAGUGCAGGUGAAAUGCCUCCCUGCUUUGACUGGUUCAAUGUGUACAGAGUACAUGCCAUCCCCAAUGGAUGCACAGCUGGAGAACGAGUAUGUCUCCCGAAAUGCUCGCCCCAUUCCCAGAAACAUGCUCCUGGAGAUGGGAGUGCUCCUCGAUGAACGCAUUCCCCGCUUCAACCAGAGCAGCAAACGUAAAGCUUCAGGUUUUAAAUUGUAGAUCAUUUUGUGAUCCUAUCCUGUAUUUUUGCCAGCUAUCAUAAUGUUUAAAGUGGAACAAAAAUUAU